AUGGCUAUCGAAAGUAAAAAUUCAACAACCGCAAAGGAAAAUCAACAGCCGAAUGAUGGUACCAAAGUGGAAGACAUGAAUUGUGAUGAAAUACCAGAGGCCAGUGAGAAAGCAGGAAACAACGCCAGCGAUGCCAGCAAUAAGAACAACCACAACGGCAGCAAUACCGCCGGCAAUAACGAGACACCAACAAAUCCUCCUCCAAACAAUACAGAUUCUGCAGAAGCAAAUGAUGAAAUGGAAAUUAACACUGGAGAUGUUUAUAUGAUCAAGAGGGCAGAUGGUAAUUGUCAUCCCGCCCAAAUAAUUCAGUCACGUGAAACCGAACCCGGUUCCAGUGCCAAAGCGGAAUAUUAUGUCCAUUAUGUUGGACUGAAUAGACGUUUGGAUGAAUGGGUUACCCGGGAUCGGAUAACAGAUGCCACACAAACUGACAGCAGUAGCGCGGGAAAUGGCACAGUUGUCUCCGAGACUGUGGGUGGUUCGAAGGCCAUAAAACAAGUUAGCAAACAACAAAUUGCCUCCUUGGAAAAUCCUUCAGCGGCUGAGAAUGGUGAUCGGAAAUUAACUCGAAAUCAAAAGAGACGUCACGAUGAAAUCAAUCAUGUGCAAAAGACAUACGCCGAAAUGGAUCCAACAACAGCUGCCUUGGAAAAGGAACACGAGGCCAUAACCAAAGUGAAAUAUAUUGACAAAUUGCGUAUUGGACACUUUGAAAUCGAUACAUGGUACUUUAGUCCGUACCCAGAUGAAUAUGGGAAAGUGGGCACCCUGUAUGUGUGUGAAUACUGUUUGAAAUAUAUGCGUUUCCAGAAAACAUAUCGUUAUCAUGCCUCAGAAUGUACACAAAGACAACCACCUGGUAAUGAGAUUUAUCGCAAGGGAACCAUAUCAAUAUUCGAAAUAGAUGGCAAGGAUCACAAACUAUACUGUCAACUGCUGUGUCUGAUGGCCAAAUUGUUUUUGGAUCACAAAACCCUGUACUAUGAUGUGGAACCAUUCUAUUUCUAUGUCCUGUGUGAAAUCGAUAAGAAAGGUGCCCACAUUGUCGGCUACUUUUCCAAAGAGAAAGAAUCUCCGGAAAACAAUAAUGUUGCUUGCAUCCUAAUAUUGCCACCAUAUCAACGUAAAGGCUACGGUAAAUUGUUGAUAGCAUUUAGUUAUGAGCUGUCACGACGUGAAGGUAUUGUUGGCAGUCCCGAAAAACCUCUAUCGGAUUUGGGUCGUCUUAGUUAUCGCAGUUAUUGGGCAUACACAUUGCUGGAGUUGAUGAAGGAUUGCCGUGCCACAACACAAAGCAUCAAAGAGCUGAGUGAGUUGAGUGGCAUCACGCAUGAUGACAUUAUCUACACAUUACAGUCCAUGAAAAUGGUCAAAUAUUGGAAGGGUCAACAUGUCAUUUGUGUUACACCCAAGACAAUAUUGGAACAUUUACAACUGCCACAAUUCAAGAAACCAAAACUUACCGUUGAUCCUGCCUAUUUGCGUUGGGUGCCGCCCAAACGGAAUGCCAGUGGAAAAUUUGGCAAGAAAAUGUAAUU